AUGAAUAAAGACCUGCGGAGAAGGCGGUGCGCUGAGCCGGUCCGCCUGGCCGAGGCGUGCGCGCUCGCGUCCCGGAGGCGCCCGGCCACCCUGGCUGGUUUUGGAGGCUGCGAUAAAAUCUUCAUCGACGUGAAGGUACCUUCUGGGUUGGCUUGGGUCGGAAGUACUAAGGUGGGGGCCGCCCUUCCCCGGGAGUAGGGACGUGGGGAACCAGGAGGUGGGGAGGGAGGAAAAAGCGACGAGGUCAGAGGAAACCGAAGGCUCCUGGGGCACCAAAGGGCUUCCCGCAGUCGGGAUGAGCCCUGGGGAGGAGCCUUUCUCGAGAACAUGAGCGCGCCUCAACACGCCUCAGACCUCAUAAACCCACUUGGCAAAGACCGGAGAAGCGGCUGGCGGACCGACUGCGGUGAACUCAAGAAAUUAACCUGCGCUGUAAUUAAACGGGCUAUCGCCCUUUCAGACUCACCUCGAGCGACCGAGAUAGAAGCUCCCGAACCGGCGGUGGGAGGACCUGGCUCCACCCUCCCGUCCCAGGAGAAGAGGACAAAAAGGGGAGAUGGACUUGGAGAUGGCCCCGCCCUUCAAACGCUCCAAUCCUUGGAAACCAAACCUCCUUUCCAAGUCUCCACGUCUAGAAAGGACAAAGGCAAGGAGAUCCGUAAAGACCGAUGCGGAGAUAGGUGGCUUUCGAUUUCUGAAGAGGGUGCCGUUGGAGGGGGGGAAAGGUACUGUGGCUAA